GAACAUUUUAGUUACUGUUUUCAGCUGUGACUUUUUAUUGGUGUUGUCAUUCUCAGACACUCGCUGUUUUGUACAAGAUACAGCAGAGUUCUUCCCUCUGUUCAGUAGUGACAACUGAUUAGGGUUGUGUAUGGGAUUGUUAAUCUCAACAAUCUUUAAACCAAUCGAAGGUUUGUUGUUUGUUGUUUUCUUUAUUUCUGAACGAGAUAAGAAACAAAGAAAUACAUAAUGGAAUCUCUUCUAAAGGUAUUGUUGCUACUGGUUUCGUUACAAUGUGUUUCGCAAUCGGUAUUAAGAUAUCAAAGCUUUCAUAAGGAUGUUUUCCGUGAAAUAAAAAACCACCGAAAAAUUGCUGCUGAUCUUAUUAAACUUUCUGUGGAUGGAGCAGCCAAGAACCAAUCCUAUAAUAGACUUGCUGAGUUUGUAGACACAUUUGGAUUCCGAAUAGCAGGUUCCAAAAAUCUGGAAAAUUCCAUUGACUACGUCAUACAAAAAUUGAAGGAAGACGGUUUGGAGAACGUGCAUGGAGAAACUGUGAUGGUUCCUCAUUGGGUUCGAGGAUACGAGUCUGCAAAAAUGAUUGAACCACGAAUUCAUCCUCUGUCCAUGCUCGGUCUAGGUGGAAGUAUUGGUACACCUCCAGAGGGAAUCACUGCUGAAGCGUUAGUAGUCCGCUCGUUUGACGAGUUGAAAAAACGGAGUUCUGAAGCCAAAGGGAAAAUAAUCGUCUUUAACGAGGACUGGGCCGGGGCUUAUUAUAAAACAGUUCCCUAUAGAGAUGGAGCAGUUCAGGCAUCAGAAGUAGGAGGAGUGGCUUCUUUAAUCAGAAGCAUCACACCAUUUUCAAUAAACAGCCCCCAUACGGGAAUACAGGAUUACAAUGCUACUGUGAAAAAGAUUCCAACGGCUUGUAUCACUAUUGAAGAUGCCGAGAUGAUGGCUCGAAUGGCAGCUAGAGGUGACAAAAUAGUCAUUCAUUUAAAGAUGGAUGCCAAAACUAACCCAGAUGUGGAGUCCAGGAAUUUGGUCGCUGAAAUUAAGGGGCGGACUAAUCCAGAGGAGGUUGUUGUUGUCAGUGGACAUAUUGAUAGCUGGGAUGUUGGACAAGGAGCGAUGGAUGACGGUUGUGGAGCCUUCAUAUCAUGGCAGGCUCUGUCUCUUGUUCAUCAACUUGGACUUCGACCCAAGCGGACACUGAGAGCAAUAUUUUGGACAGCUGAAGAACAAGGUUCGAUUGGUGCAUAUAAAUAUUUUAAUGACCACAAGAGUGAUCUUUCUAACUAUGAUCUGGUAAUGGAAUCAGACACUGGAACUUUAUCUCCUUCCGGACUAAGGUUUUCUGGGAAUGAGGCAGCCACAGAAAUUGUAAGAGCAGUUGUCGAUCUUUUGGAUCCAAUUGGCGCUACUAAUUUGACAACCCGAGUUGAUGUCAGUGAUAUAGUGUAUUGGCAGAAUGCUUUAGUACCCACGGGAAGUCUGUUUGUGGAUGCUAGCAAGUACUUUUACUUCCACCAUUCUAAUGGAGAUACAAUGACUGUACAGAAUUCACACGAUAUGGAUGUGGCGUCCGCUAUUUUUGCUGUUGUCGCUUAUGUUGUGGCCGACCUCGAGGAUAUGUUACCAAGGAAACCUUCUAACACUACAGACAUACGAUUGUCUGACUAAUGUAUGAACACAUAACGUGCCCUUUCACAUCUAAAUUCUAAAGCAAAUCACAACGCAGUGGACUUGAUUUUGUAUAUGAUUUAUAUGUUAAUAUCCCGGCCUCCAGUUCUCCUACACAAAAUCUUAUAUCCGCCCUCGAUAAUAUAUUCAUAUAUCACACAUUAACACAAGAUGACAUAUUUGAGUUUAGUUGGAAUCUGUAUACUAGAAUAUAAAUAAUUAUGUAAAUUGUUUCAUUUGUGUAACUUGAUUAAAGGCACAGAUCCUAGUUUUUAACUCGUAAAAAUGGACACUAAGUUUAGUUAACCUACAACCCUGUAACACAUUUGUAUAAAGUUACAACAGAGUGAAAGAAGAGUCUGUGACGUUAAAACCGGGAAAUACACGUAAACGAUAGACAAGAACUAGAAUCAAUAACCACUACUUCUAAGACGCACGUGCGUUUUUAAAACUACGAAAAAUGCAUUUUGUGGUAUUAGAAAUACCAGGAUGACCAGAAACACUUCGGUUCUACGGAAUUAGAUAAUCUAAACAAUAACAUAUAAGUAAUGUUUGAUUUCAGUGAUCAUAUACGGCUCUAAAAGUGAAAACAAAUAUGCUAUAGGGUCUGUCCCUUUAAAGGGACCCUAUUUUCAGCUCAUGAAAAUUAACACUAAGUUUAGUUAAUCUACAAACCUGUAACACAUUUGGAUAAAGUUACAAUUGAGUGAAACAUGAGUCUG